UCAGAGCUAGAUGGUUCACUGCCUUGUGGCAGCGAUAACAUUCGUCAGGUUCAGGAAAGAGCUAUUGAAGAAAGCAUGAGGAUUUUUCAGGAAGAAACUGUCGGAGUUUCCGCCUCGAGUAGCGUGAAGUAUUUGGAUGAGCUCAUGGAGAGUAUGAACGAAGGGUUGAAACGAUGGCAAGAUGAGAACAAACGAUUAACGAAAGAACAAUGCCAUAAACUGCUGAGGGCCUUAAAAAAAAAACACUUGGACCCCAUUCUGAGGGAGCUAAGCGGCAAGGAUGGAGCAGCAGUCAGCUUUGCUCAGAUCAUUGGUGGCUACUCAGCAAUUGAACAGGGAUUUAAUCGUGACGCAAAGGGAGCCAAAGACGUUUGCGCUCAAGUGUUUUACGAGUUUCAUCCGGAAAUGCAGGCAGAGAUGGAGAAACACAUGGCAUACUUGCAAAAGCUGAAAGACUUCGACGUGUCUUUGGCUUUCGAAAAACAAGAAAAGGCUCGUUUGGAGCAGGAGAGACGACGAAUAGAGGAAGAGAAUGCUCGGUUGGAAAAGGUGCGGCGUGCGAUAAACAAAGAGAUGGAAAUUCUGAAAGCUAAGCAAGAGGAAGACAGAAAACGCUUGGAACAGCAGAUUAGAGCGGACACGGAAGCCUUUGGGGAGCAAAUAAAGAACAUAAUUAAAGCAAACAUGGAAGAGCUGCGAAAGGAUCGAGAGGCAAUGGUCCAGCAGAAUCAAACCGUUAAGGAGGCAAUGGAGCAGAUGCAGCAGUUAAUGGAAAAAAAGAAUGACCAAUUUGUCGAGCUACAGAAGCAAAUUGUUGCUUCCGCAAGCAGGCCACCUCCUCCCCCACCGAAGAAAAGAUUUUGUGUUAUUUCGUAA